CGGAGGGGAGGGAAGGGAAGAUGGCGGCGCCGGUUCGAGCCGUCACCCGGGCGACGCGGCGGCCCCGCCGCAUGCAGUCCUGAAGGGCCCGGCCCAGCCGCGGCGGGCGGUGGCCGGCGGCAGGAGGGAAGUGGGAUGCCAUGGCCAGCUCCUCGGACAGCGACGACGAGGCCUUCAUGGCCGUGGACGCAGACGAGAGCCUGGUGGAAGGGACGAUGGAGCAGGAGGAGGAGCCACACCCUGAGCUGGAGCUGGAGGAGCCCAGGCACAACAGAUCCAUGGUGGAGCUCCCAGAAGAGGUCCUGGAGUACAUCCUCUCCUUCCUUUCACCUUACCAGGAGCACAAGACUGCUGCCCUGGUCUGCAAGCAGUGGUAUCGACUCAUCAAAGGUGUGGCCCAUCAGUGCUACCAUGGCUUCAUCAAAGCAGUGCAAGAAGGCAACAUCCAGUGGGAGAGCCGCACCUACCCCUACCCCGGCACCCCCAUCACCCAGCGCUUCUCCCACAGUGCAUGUUACUAUGAUGCCAACCAGUCCAUGUAUGUGUUCGGGGGCUGCACCCAGAGCAGCUGCAACGCAGCCUUCAACGACCUCUGGAGACUUGACCUCAACAGCAAGGAGUGGAUCAGGCCCCUGGCAUCAGGUUCCUACCCCUCCCCCAAGGCUGGGGCCACGCUGGUGGUCUACAAGGACUUGCUUGUGCUCUUUGGGGGCUGGACACGGCCAAGCCCUUACCCUCUGCACCAGCCAGAGAGGUUCUUCGAUGAGAUCCAUACCUACUCCCCCUCCAAAAACUGGUGGAACUGCAUUGUGACCACCCAUGGCCCCCCUCCCAUGGCAGGCCACUCCUCCUGUGUCAUUGAGGACAAGAUGAUUGUCUUCGGGGGCUCGCUGGGGUCCCGGCAAAUGAGCAACGACGUCUGGGUGCUGGAUCUCGAGCAGUGGUCUUGGUCCAAGCCAAACAUCUCUGGGCCCAGCCCUCACCCCCGAGGUGGUCAGUCUCAGAUCGUCAUUGACAAUGAAACCAUCUUAAUCCUGGGUGGCUGUGGUGGUCCCAAUGCACUGUUCAAGGACGCCUGGCUGCUGCACAUGCAUGCGAACCCCUGGACGUGGCAGCCGCUCAAGGUGGAGAACGAAGACCAUGGAGCCCCGGAGCUCUGGUGCCAUCCUGCCUGCAGGGUGGGACAGUGCGUGGUGGUCUUCAGCCAAGCUCCCAGCGGGAGGGCCCCGCUGAGCCCCAGCUUGAACUCCCGGCCCUCGCCCAUCAGCGCCACGCCGCCGGCGCUGGUGCCGGAGCCGCGGGAGUACCGCUCGCAGUCUCCGGUCAGGAGCUCGGACGAAGCUCCCUGCGUCAACGGCCGCUGGGGCACCCUGCGGCCCCGAGCGCAGCGCCAGACGCCCUCGGGCUCCCGGGAGGGCAGCCUGUCCCCGGCCAGAGGGGACAGCUCCCCGGUGCUCAACGGCGGCAGCCUGUCCCCUGGAGCCACGGCGGGCGGCGGCUCCUCCCUGGACAGCCCUGUGCAGCUCGUCUCGCCCGGCACCCCCUCGGCAGCCGAAGGAUGCGACCUGAAGGUGGGGCUGGCCCUGGCGCCGCGCCGCGGCUCCCUGCCGGAGCAGAAGGAUCUGCGUUUGGGAGCCGUCGACCUGAACUGGGACCAGAAACCGGCUUCCAUCCUCUGCCAGCUGGACGGUGGGGAGGGCAGGACGGUCGGCGCCGGCGUGAGGAACCCUCCCGAGCAAACCAACGGCGUCCACACGCCGCCCCACGGCGCCGGCUCGCUGCCGGGGGCCGUCUCCCCCAGCGCGCUCCGCAGGAGCCUGGAGGCCGUCAAAGCUCUUUCCUCCAAAGGCUCCUCGGCUUCGGCGGCCUUGAGCCCUCCCCUGGCCUCAUCCCCCGGCUCUCCGGGCACCGAGCCGGGCUCGGCGGCGCGGCCGGGCUCCACCCAAGGCGAGGGCCACUCCUUACCUCCCAUCGCUCGCCGCCUGGGCCACCACCCUCCCCAGUCCCUCAACGUGGGGAAGCCUUUGUACCAGAGCAUGAACUGCAAGCCCAUGCAGAUGUACGUGCUGGACAUUAAAGACACCAAGGAGCAAGGGCGAGUCAAAUGGAAAGUGUUCAACAGCAGCUCGGUGGUGGGGCCGCCCGAAACCAGUUUGCACACGGUGGUGCAAGGCAGAGGGGAGCUGAUCAUUUUUGGUGGCCUCAUGGACAAGAAACAAAACGUCAAAUAUUACCCCAAAACCAAUGCCUUGUACUUUGUGCGAGCCAAAAGAUAAUGCGGCCUGAGCCCCGCGCCGCCACCGCCUCCUCCCGGCCCUGCCCCC